GUUAUCCGAAAAGUAGAUUAUAUUAAUCUAUGGUGAUAAUGGGUAAAGUUGACAUUAUCAUGAAAUCUUGUUUGAUAGCAAUUUUACUGAAACUGUUUAAUGUAUAUCGUAGUAGACAUUCACGAUUAUCACGAACUAUGAUCUUAGUCCCUAACAUGUAGGUACUUAUUUUUCUGUUUUGUUGAUUGCUAUUUAAUUAUAAUAACCAGCAAUUUAUUUUUGUUUCAAUGACGUAGUACUUACCUACUUGUAAUAUUGACUAUUACAUAUUGAAUGAAUUUAUGGCACGUGCCUCCCAAUAUAAAAUAUUAUUCCGUAUUAAUAAUUAAUACGGGGUAUUCGCAAUAAUAUUUUUGUUUACUAGUCCAUAUUCAACCCAUUCGACCUUAUUUUGUUUACAUCAAAUUUUCAAAUGAAUGUGUAUAUAUAUGUGUGCAUAACUUCAAAGUUAUCGAUUUGUUAAUCAAUUAACUUAUUUGUAACAAACGUGUAUCUGAUUGUGUAUAUUUUUCAUAUAAGAUAUGACAAUAAAUAAAUUUGAUUAUUUAUAUAGAAAAUUAUUACUUACUAAAUACUUUGUAAAUGGUUGGGGUGAUCCAGAAAAACUUAAAAGGUAAAUACUUUUUUUUUUGUUUUAAGAUUUUAUUGAAUAAACUUAAACAUACUAAAAUACUAUAAUACUGGGUGAUUUUUAAAUUAUGCUGAUCACUAACUACACAAUUUUUGAAGAAAUUAAAUUUUGGUUUUAUAAGGUUUUGUACUGUAGGGUUCUCAGAUAACUAUUGUUGUGUUGCAAUUCUGUAUGGUUGUCUGUACCUUUGUCAGAGAUGUCUUUGUAUAUAAAAGGGAUAUUGUUUUGAAAUUUAUACCUAAUAUUAUUACCAACAGUGACCACUUAUUAAAUAUUUGUAAGUAAUUUACAACUCACUUGUCCAGUUUUUUUAAUGAUUUUAUUUAUAAUAUUUUACUAAUUAUGUAUAACUUGAACAUAUUAUUUCAACUAUCGAUUUUUGAAAAGAUAAUAUUUGUAUACAAAUGUUGAUACACCAACAUUAAGCAGAACACUAAUAAUACCUUUUGAAAAAACAGUAUUUAGGUUUAACAAUUUAAAAUUUACACCUUCCAAUACUGCUCCAAGUAUCUUGUUCAAGUGAUUUUUUUUAUUGAUUUAAUGUUUUUGUUUUUGAUUAUUUGAUGGUAAAUGAGUUUUGUAUUUAAUAAAUUAAGUGUAUACAUAUGUAUUACCUAUGUUUAAUGACAAAAUGAGUAGUUUUAAAUAUUUUAUCAUUGUGCAUUUAUACUGAAUUUGAAUUGAUAUUUUUUUUUUAAAUGUGUAUAGCUCUACAGGUGCUUUCAAAGAACCAAAUGAACAAUAUAUUCUUGAUAUAAAAACCAUGUAACUACACAAUCACAAUGCACAUAGACAACUUUUUGUGUGAAAUAUUUUAAUAAAUUUUUUUCUCCUUGAUAAUUUAAUAUCAUUAAUUCUCUUCUAUAAACAAAUACUUAUUUUCUUUAUUUAUUAAUAGUUAAUAUGAAAUAAUUAAUUUUUAUAUGAUUUAUUCUUUUAGUUUGUUUCAGUUCCGGAACAUUAUUGUGAAUCGGGACUCAUGUUUUAAACUUGUAUCAUCUGAUUAUCCUGUAGAAAUUAUUAAAGUAAGUUGGUACUUAAUUAGAUAAAACACAUAAAUAAAAAUAUAUAUGUUUAAUUUGGAAUUAAAAAUAUAAUUUAUAUCUUUAUUCAAGAAAAAUGAAGAUUCCGAUUCAAUAACAUUGGAAGGAGUAUUUCAAUCACCAUUUUCAUAUUACCUUCCAGAUAUUGUGCCAAAAGAAAGUCAUUUUGCUCAUUUCCAAGUUUUAUUACCAAAGAAAUGGCCUUCCAAAAAUGUGAAGCCUAUGUGUGUACAUAUGGCGGGCACUGGAGAUCAAGUAAAGUCUUAAUUUUUAAGUAUAUAUUAUAAAAAUGACAUAAAAAAUAUACCCAUAAAUAAUAAGUAUCAGGACAACUAAAUUGUAAUUAUUAUUUUUAAUUGUAUAGGUAAUAAAGUUUAUAUUAGAAAAUAUUUUUUUUUUUUUUUUUUUUUAAUUGAUCAUUCUUAGUUAUUAGUGUAAUUCUCUAGGGAGGUACUGAUUUUUUUUACAUCAUUUUUCAAUAGGUAAUAAUAUUUUAUCAAUAACAUUUUUAUUACUCUUUGGUUUUUAAACUGUAAAUAAGAGUUGGCGGCUUAACUCUUUUCUUAAAUAAUUUUAGACCUGGAUUUUUUAAAUCAUAUAUUGUUGAUUUCCGAUCUGUUAAUCCUAUUAUUAAUUAAUAUUAAUCUAGUAAUAUAAUAAUGGUAGGCUAGCUAACUCUUGAAGUGACAAAAUCAUGAAAAAAAUAAUUCCAAAAAAACCUUGAACACAAUAAUAAUUUGAUUUUGCUGGAAUUGUUAAUUUAAGGUUUUGCUGUGGAACUAUAAUAAUUAAUAUUAAUAUAUUUUCAAUACAUUUUAUACUUUUUUAAAAUAAUAUUAAACAUUAUUUUUUAUAUUGUAUUAAACAUUUAUCUAAUAUCUUUUAAUAUUAUUUAUUUAGUAUUACUGGAGAAGAAGAACCAUUUUAGCAAAACCACUUUUAAAGGAAGCAGCAAUCGGAUCAAUAAUAUUAGAAAAUCCAUUCUAUGGAAAAAGAAAACCAACUAAUCAAGUGUAAGAGUAUCUUGUACAAAAUAGUGUGAUUUUAAUAUUUGUGAUCAGUAAUGGAAGUCAAAUAAUUUUGUUUGGGGGAAUGAGGUUGAUAUUUUUUUUUUACAAUUAUUAUUUACAUUAUUUUUUAUACAUAAAUAAAUAUAGCAUAAUAUGCAUUAUUAUUAAUAUUGAAGAGUAAAUGGAUCAUAAUUCCUCCCUCCUCCAUUUAAUAUUUAAAUUGAAGCAUUUAAGCAAAUAUUGGCUGAGACCUAGAGAGACUAGCAUCUGUAAACACUUUCACAGUUAUCAAAUAACAAAUUACCGAAUAAUAAAUCAUAUUUAGUGAUUUGAUAUUCUGCAAUAUAUUUAGCAAUAAUUGUAGUAUUAGUUAGAUGAAUAAAAUAAAUUUAUUUUUUUUUUUAACUAAAAAUAAUGUCCAAAAGUGUCAAUUAUAUUUUGUUGUUAAAAGAAGAUUGAAAAUAAACCAUUUAAAACCCAUAAUAAAUAAAUUGUAUUUCUAAAUGGAAUCUUUUGCUUUGUACAUAGUUUUUGUUUAAAAAAAAUAAUUUAGUCCUAAAUAAUUACUAAUUCAAAAUUUCAAAGUUUAUUUUGGUACAGUCUGGGGAUCAAGGAAUCCAAACCCCAAUUUGUUUCUAUGGCGUGUAUGUUUGCAUACAUAACUGAAAUAUCAUUAAUUCAAUUUUUAUUUUAUAUUAUUUAUUAUUAUUUAAAAUAAAUUCAACUCCAAGCUAAUAAAAUAUGUAAUUUUAAACAAUAUGACAAUUAUUUUGUUUAAAUAUCUAUAACUAUAAAUAUUUGUUGUUUUGCUUUGUGGAAUCUUUUAAUGUGAGUUUUUAUAAACUGUCAACGUCUGUAUAAUUUUUUCUCCAUAAAUAAUAUCUAUAGUAACUGGCUUUUAGGCCAUUCCUAUUAUAAAUAUAAAAUAAAUGGGUGGUUAUGCAUUAGUGGUAAUUAAGUUAAUGUUAGUAAUACAUUUAAUUUAUUAAUUUAAAACUUCAUAAUUAUAGUUUUUGGAUAACAAUUAAUAAUAACAUAUUUCAAUAUUUAUUUACAGUAGGUCUAUAUUAUGCAAUGUUUCCGAUAUUUUUGUAAUGGGAGGUUGUCUAAUACUUGAAUCCCUUGUAUUAUUUCAUUGGUGUGAACGUGAAGGAUUUGGACCUCUUGGAGUAACUGGUUUAUCCAUGGGUGGACAUGUAAGUGUUAAUAAAUUAUAAGUGAUCAUAAUUUAUGUAUUGUAAGAAUAUUAUUUACUUUUUAUAAUUAACAUAAUUUUAAUCAGGGCUUGGAUUUUAUAGGAGUUGCUAAUUAUUUUAGGAUACAGAUAAAAAUAGCUAAGUGAGCUUUAAAUUUGUUUUAUACAUCAGACACUCCAUAUUAUACAAUUUUUUGCAUAUUUGAUGUUUUUUAGAUUUGUAUUGCUAUUUUUCAAGUUUUGGUUCUAUAUUUUGCUAAUAUGCAUGCCUAAUAGAAUGAUUUAUUUUGUAUUUUUCAUAAAUCUCAUUUAUAUUGGUUGAAAAAUAGUAAAAAAUAUCUGUCAUUUAUUAUAUGAACGCCUAAAUGUUGGUUUCAUAUUAUAAACUAUUUUAAAGUAGCCUGACCCAUUAAACAGUAUACAUUUAUGAAUUCUUAUCUGUUGUAUUCAUAUCUUUAAAAAAUAAUACAAAGUGGAAGUUUAGGGUGAGGGUGGCCGACUCAAAAUAGUUGGUAUGAAGGUCGGGAUGUAGAAAAAAAAUUAAACUAAUACCAUAUUAAAGUAAUUAUGAACAUAGUAGAACAUGUUAGGAUUAUUAGGACUUAUACAAAUUAUUUUAGUUCUAAAUAUAAAUUUUUAUUUAUGAAAAAAAAAAUUGUUAAAUUCUUGACUUCUUAAUUGUAAUAUUUAAACAUUUAUAAUUUAUUGUAUUGUAUACUAUAAUUAUUAUUUAGAUGGCUUCUCUAGCAGCUGCAAGUUGGCCAAAGCCAAUUGUUCUUGUUCCUUGUUUAUCCGGUACAACAGCUUCUGGAGUAUUUACAGAGGUACUUACUUUAAUUACUAAUAUCUUAGUAGAUGAUUGAUAAAAAUGGUCCAAACAAAUAACAAUAAUAAAAGAUUAUAUCUUCGUCUUCUUGGAGAUAUAGUCUCUUUUAACUAUAUUUAAUUUAAUUUUAGUAUAAUAUAUUAAAUAUAUUGUUUUGUUUGUUUAUUAUCAACUAUUCUGUUUUUAUAUCACAAAUUCAGUUGAACAUUUAUCUUGGUCUGUUAAUUAUUUAAUAUAACUAACUGAUAAAUUACUCAUUAACUUGUUUAUACAUAUAAUGGUAACAUUGUUUUUAUAGGGUGCCAUAAGCUGUGCUAUUGACUGGAAUUUACUUGAACAUCAGUACAAAUCAAAUUCAAUGUAUAAAAACGAAGUUGUGAAUAUUGAUAAUGAAGUCAAAAAAUUAAAAGUAAUUAUUUAAUAUUAUAUAGUAUAAAAGAUUGUCUAAUAAAAGUUUUGUAUUUUUCUAUACGGGGUGAUCAAUCUAUCGUAAGACACUCAUUAUUUCGGAAAGUCUUAACUUUUUUCGAAAUUUCUUUUAAAGAACAUUUAAGAAACAAGUUGUUCUAAAAUUUUAUAUUUACACAAUUUUUUGUCACCCUAAUUUUUGGGGGUAAAACGACUAUUUACUUUUGAUAUUCAAAUGGCAACCUAUAUUAAAAAUUCCAUAAAUAGAUAGAACAAUAGUUAAAAUAAAUGUUAUUGUUUAAAUUUGUAAUUUCCGUUAACCCGUUUAUGAGAUAUUUCACUUUUAAGUUUGGGUCGGGGGAGAGUAGUGGAGUAUCAUUUAUGACUACCAAGCACAACACGCAGCGUUUUAAUAAUGUAUCACUUCUCUCCCUUGAUCCAAACAUAAGAAUGGAAUAUCCCGUCAAUGGAUUAAAGAAAAUUUAAAAUUUAAACACAAAAAUGUAUUUUAACUUUUACAUAUAUUUAUGAAAAUUUUAAUAAAGGUUGCAAUUUAAAAAUCAAAAGUAAAUAAUACUUUAACCAACAAAAAUUUGGGUGAGAAAAAAUAAUGUAAAUUUAAAAUUCCAAUGCUACUUGUUUCUAAAAUUGUCUAUAAAAUAAAUAUUUAAGAAAAUUAAUACUUUCUGAGAUAAUGGAUGUCUUAUGAUAGAUUGAUCACCCUGUAUACUCAAUAAAAUAAAUUUAUUUAAUUUACAGAAAGUUUAUGCAAUAUUAACCUACUAAAAUGUACUAAUUUAUAAAUUUAAAGAAAUCGGGGAAAAUUAAAAUUAUAAUAUUUAUUUUAUUUUUAUAUGUUCAACAGGCAUAAGCCCAUUUACAAAAUUAUAUGAUUAUAAACAAUAUAGCUGAUAUAGAGUACAACAGCCUAAAUAUAAUUUCAUAAAUUGAAAAAAAUUUAUAGGUAUUCAAGGUGAUCUAUCUAAAUAGAUAUACUCAUUAUUAAAGAAAGUAUUAACUUAAAAAAAAAAUGUUUUAUUGACAAUAUAAGAAACUGGUAGCUUUAAAAUGUUAUAUUAGGUACCAUUAUUUGUUGUGAAAAAACUGCCUAAUUUUGAUUUCCAAAUAGAAACCUAUAGGAUUAAAAAUUGCAUACAUAUAUAGAGUAUUAGUUAAAAUAAAUUUUGGUGUUGAAAUAUUUUAUUUCCUUAAUCCGUUGACAAGAUACACUUUUAAGUUUUGGCGGAAGGAGAGUAAUAGUGCAUCAUUUAUGUAGGAAGCUGUGUUUCUUCAUUUUCCCCCUAUCUAUAAACUUAAAAAUAGAAUAUCUCGUCCAAGGUUUGAUGGAAAUAAAAAAUUUCAACACCAAAAAUUUAUUUUAACUUACACUCUUAUCAAUAUAUGGAAUUUUCAAUAUAGGUUGCCAUUUAAAUCAAAAGUAGUAAAACCCCAACCUUAAAAUAAUGGCAACAAAAAGUAACUUAAUAUGUAACAUUUUAGAUUUACUUAUUUCUUAAAUAAUCAAAAAAACAAAUUCCAAAAAAAAUUAAUGUUUUGCAAAAUAAUGAGUUUUCUUACAUGGAUCAACUUGUAUAUUGAGGUAUUUUUUCAUACUUAUUAAGAAUUGACAUUUGUGUGUACAUUUAAAGUAUAUUAUAAAUCUUUUCCUUAACAAUCUAAUUUAUGAUUGGAUUGACAGUUUGUCCAAACUAACAAAAGUAGUUUUUCCACCACCUGGAUAAUUAUUCAGAUUUGUCCAAUCUAAUUGCUCAAUCUCAAUAUCAGAUUAAUUAUGAAACAGAUUGAAAACUGAUAUUCUUUUUAAGUCUAAAUAUUUUUUUAUUCCAGAAAGAGUUUAAUGCAGGAAAACAAUUUAUAAAAGAUUUUCAUUCAGAAUCAUGUUUAGACAUCCAAUCAAAUUUAAUGUUUGAAAAUUCAGAAUAUAAUAAGUCUGCAAUAAAUACGUGUCAUUCUCAGCAGUUAAAUAAUUCAUCAUCGUCCAGUAAAUUUGAUGAUACAGAUGAUUCUUUAAUUGAACAGAAUAAUGAAUUCCAAAUUAAAAAAAAUUUGAAAUCAAUAAAACACAUUAUGCAAUUUUUCAAUACACAAUCAAAAAGUCAAGGUUGUAUCAAAUUAUAUUAAUGUGUAUACUGUAUAAUAUGUUAUAUUAAUUCGUUAUUUAUAGCAUGUUUUUAUGUAAUCAGAUUUGAAUUUGGAAGCAAUAAGUUUUAUGAGGGGUAUUAUGGAUGAAUGUACUCAUUUAAAAAAUUUUACACCCCCUAUUGACAUGGACAUGGUAAUAGCUGUUUGUGCAAAGCGUGAUGGUUAUGUACCUCAAAAUAGUAUGGAUAAAUUUGAAGAUAUUUGGCCUGGUGCAGAGGUUAGAUAUGUUAAUACAGGUCAUGUAGCUGCUUUUAUACUUCAUCAAAAUGCAUUCAAGUAAAUAUUUAAGUAGUAGUUUUUUUUUUUUGCUUUAACAUUUCAUAAUUUUAUUGAGAUAUUUAUAUUUUUUUUCUAAGUUUUUAAAUAAUUAGUAAACUAGUUAAAUUAGUAAUUUAUUAUACAAAUGAUAAUGCAAUAUUAUAGGCAGUUGAUUAAUUAAAGAUAGACAUAUCAAUUAUAAAAUAUUUUUUAUAAUUCAAUUGUUAGGAUCUGCAAAACAAAAUAAAUAACAAUAAUACAUUAGUGAUUAUGUAUACAAAUUGAACUAUUAUUCACUUAAGCAUGCACAUUACCUAUGCCUUAAUUUGGAGAACUAUGUAAAACAUAUUUUGUUUUAUGAUUUAAACUGUAUGUUAUAAUAUGUUAACAGUGUAUAAAUUGUAUUUAUUUAUUUUUGGUUGUAGGAAAGCAAUAAUAGAAGCAUUUCAACGAGCUCAAACAAAAUAUUAUGAUAAACCUUUAUAAUGGUACAAAGAAUAAAACAUUUUAAUAAUUACAUUAUUUUUGUAUAUUUGGCCGACUCCCAAUUAUUAAGAUGAAGGGCAAAGGAGAAGAAGAUAUUAUUUUUGUAUAAUAAAUUAAUAUUGUUUUAUAAUAUUAGUAUUCAAAUUUUACAUUAUAUUCACAAUUAUUGAUUCCUGAGAAAACUAGAUUGGAUUUUUCAGUCAUAUAUAUAUUUUUUUAAUUUUUGAAAAAUAUAGACCCAAAAUACUGUACUCUCAACAAUACAUUUCAUUGUAUUUUUUUAAUAUAGGUAGUUUACAAACUUUAAUUUUUUUCAUGAUUCAUCCAAGUGUAUAAAACCAAAUUCAAUGCAAAAUAAAUAUAUUUUUUUUGUUUUUAUUUUGUAUUAACUAUUGCUAACAAUAUAAUAUGUUAGGUAUAUUAUAUUAAUUAAAAUUAAGUUGUGCUUACAAUUAAAGAAUGAAAAAAUAAUUUUUAAUUCCUAGCAUAGCAAAAAUGCAUGUAGGUAUAGUUAAUACUAUAGAUGUUUUUUUUUCAACCACUACACUUUGAACACAUAUUGAAUUAUAAAUUCUUCAAUUAAAACUUCAUGUUAAAGAAGACUUAGUUGCCAUACAUUAACUACACAGAAACUAGACACAAAAUCAAGUGAAGAUUAUAUUGUCUAGGUUAAAACUUAGUUUACUUUAAAAGUUAAGUAAAUAUAAUAUCUGACAUUAUAUUUCCAUUAAAACAGCAACUUAUAAUCAUUUUUUUAAUUUUUUAAUUUAUUUUGGCAAAGUAAAAUUGUCAUCACUUGUAAUCGAACCAUAAUCCUGUUUUUGCAAAUGCUAAUUUUAAACUGCAUAUAAUAAUUUGGUAACUAUAACCAACACUGUAUUAGUGCAAAAUAUAUUUCUCAAAAAUAAUAUAUUACAUAGAACAAUAAAUACUACAUUAUUUAACUACUAAGUUUAUUUUUAAAUUGUCCUGGCUGCCUUUCAAAUUGUUUUGAUAAGUCUGGGAAUCCUUUGGCAUUUGGUUGACAUUCAAUUUCAUUAGCAUUAGAACUUGAGAUUUUAAACUUUUCGGCGAUAUUCUCAGCAUUAACUUUUUUCAUAUUUGAAAUAUUUUCGUUAAAAGCAAUUUCCUCAUUAGUUGGUGGUUCAGCACGCCUUCCUCUUAACCACUGUGACCAUUCUGGUGUUGGUACACCAGUGUCUUCAUCAACUGGAACAAACCAUCUCCUUGGCAUACGACGACCACCUUGAGGGUCAGCUGGAAGUUCAAAAUAUCUAUUACCCUGUGCAUCGGAACCAAUUGGUUUUUCUUUCAUUUUGGGUUUAAUAGAUUUGAUAAAACGAUCAAGUACUAUUUUCCACAAACGUCUUUCAGAAGCCAUUUUAAGUUAAAUAUUAAACAGACUUAGUUUUGUGUACUUAAAAUAAUAGCUUACACGCAAAUGACUAUAUAAAAUUCACAACAAAUUGUAUGCAAUGUAACUUUUUAAUUUGUAAUGAUUUUUUUUUUUUUAAGUUUAUCAAUAUCAAAACCACAGAAGUGGAACU